AUGUUACACCACCAUUGUCGAAGGAACCCUGAACUCCAGGAAGAAUUGCAGAUUCAGGCUGCGGUGGCUGCUGGGGAUGUUCACACAGUAAGAAAGAUGUUAGAACAAGGCUAUUCUCCAAAUGGCCGAGAUGCUAAUGGCUGGACCCUGCUUCAUUUCUCUGCAGCAAGAGGAAAGGAAAGAUGUGUUCGAGUAUUUCUAGAACAUGGAGCUGAUCCCACGGUUAAGGACUUAAUCGGAGGCUUCACUGCUCUUCAUUACGCAGCCAUGCAUGGCCGAGCUCGGAUUGCACGUUUGAUGUUAGAAUCUGAAUACAGGAGCGACAUUAUUAAUGCAAAAAGCAAUGAUGGCUGGACUCCCCUCCAUGUAGCUGCUCACUACGGUAGGGACUCAUUUGUCCGACUCCUCCUGGAGUUCAAGGCCGAGGUCGACCCACUCAGUGAUAAAGGUACCACGCCGCUUCAGCUCGCCAUUAUCCGAGAGAGGUCAAGCUGUGUGAAAAUCCUCCUGGAUCACAACGCCAACAUUGACAUCCAGAACGGCUUCCUGUUGCGAUACGCUGUGAUCAAAAGCAAUCACUCUUAUUGCCGAAUGUUCCUUCAGAGAGGGGCAGACACAAACUUGGGUCGCUUAGAAGACGGACAGACUCCUUUACACUUGUCUGCCCUUAGGGACGAUGUGCUUUGUGCACGGAUGUUGUAUAAUUACGGAGCAGACACGAACACAAGGAACUAUGAAGGACAGACCCCACUGGCUGUUUCAAUAAGUAUUUCUGGAAGUAGUCGACCAUGUUUGGAUUUCUUACAAGAAGUCACAAGACAGCCCAGAAACUUGCAGGACCUGUGCCGAAUUAAAAUUCGACAAUGUAUAGGCCUUCAAAACCUAAAGCUACUUGAUGAGCUCCCAAUUGCCAAGGUCAUGAAAGACUACUUAAAACACAAAUUUGAUGAUAUCUGA